AUGGGACAUAUCCAGUGUCUGAGAUCCGUCUUUACCCUCCCUCUGAAUGACCAAGAGUAUCGAGUAUGCGUUGACUUUGGUCGCUUCGCUAAUCAAAAUUUGAUUCCUGUGAUUGCUGACGACUCAGAUGAAAGAGUCUUUCUUCCCCAAUGUGCAUACCAGCCAACGUCGCCCGUUGGCAGCAGCUUAGGUCGCAACUCUCCACGCGGACGUUACCAUUCUCGAUCGGAGAGUCGAAGCCCGCUCAAAAAUAAAGGCGAGUGUGCUCGUGUUGCGGUGCUACCUCCUACUCAAAAUCAGCCAGCAGCAGACCUCCGCAAGCUAAAAAGACCAACACAGAUGCCAGUUUACGCCGUAGUAGGUCGUAUUCCCUUUCAUACCACUCCGAUCAGAAGUGACAGAAAUAAUAAUGACGGGCACGAAAAUCAAGACACUCAUCCUGCUCCCUAUGAUAAGAAUGAAGACUACAUGACUGAUGGAUAUGGAUGCAUCCGUAACUCAGCUAAAGGUCGCAUGCGUACCAACUUUUCUGACCAUCAAAAUACUGGAAACAGAGAAAGCGGAGAGCACAAGGGUCACGUUGGUGCGAAAGAUGACGAUAGAUUCACGCAUACUGCACGCUAA